AAAUAGAUCCAGUCCAGGUUUUGCCUUCGACUCAGCCUCUGAUUUCGGCUGUGCUCUGUGUAGCACGUUUCUCCCUCUCCCCUCCUUUCUCCUUCCCUCUUGCCUCCAGGAUUUCUGUCUUCCUAUUUCUGGAGGACUCUCACAGGCUCCUUCGGUCUGUAUGAAGCUGAGGUUUCCCCUGAAACCCGUACAUCCCCAACACAUACCUCCACGCACACACAUCCCCAAGAAGCCCGCGCUCACACGGACACACACGCGCGCACACACACUCACGCUCGCCUGUCCACCUCCCUCUCGGGAGUGCCGGCGCGCGUUCCCACCUUCGCUGCACACUUCGGCGAGCCGAGCUCCCAGCGCUCUAGGAUUCUGAGGCUCGGAACUCGGAUCGCAGCUCUGAAACCCCAUGGUGGUUUUUGAAACAUUUCUUUUCCUUCUCUUUCCCGUUUUUAUUGCACCGUUUUCGAUCUGGGGGGCUAGAGGAGCAAGCGGCUGCUUUCCCAACCAGCCCUGGUUGGCUUGCCAUCCUCCAUCUGGCUUAUAAAAGUUUGCUGAGCGCAGUCCAGAGGGCUGCGCUGCUCGUCCCCUCGGCUGGCGGAAGGGGGUGACGCUGGGCAGCGGCGAGGAGCGCGCCGCUGGCUCUGGCGGGCUUUCGGCUUGAGGGGCAAGGUGAAGAGCGCACGGGCCGUGGGGUUCACCGAGCUGGAUUUGCAUGUUGCACCAUGCCUUCUUGGAUCGGGGCUGUGAUUCUUCCCCUCUCCGGGCUGCUGCUGUCACUCCCGGCCCGGGCGGAUGUGAAGGCGCGGAGCUGCGGCGAGGUCCGCCAGGCGUACGGUGCCAAAGGAUUCAGCCUGGCGGACAUUCCUUAUCAGGAGAUCGCAGGGGAACACUUAAGAAUCUGUCCUCAAGAAUAUACAUGCUGCACCACGGAAAUGGAAGACAAGUUAAGCCAGCAAAGCAAACUCGAGUUCGAAAACCUUGUGGAGGAGACGAGUCAUUUUGUGCGCACCACUUUCGUGUCCAGGCACAAGAAAUUUGACGAAUUUUUCCGAGAGCUCCUGGAGAAUGCAGAAAAGUCACUAAAUGAUAUGUUUGUACGGACCUAUGGAAUGCUGUAUAUGCAGAAUUCAGAAGUGUUCCAGGACCUCUUCACAGAGCUGAAAAGAUACUACACAGGGGGCAAUGUAAAUCUGGAGGAGAUGCUCAAUGACUUCUGGGCUCGUCUCCUGGAACGGAUGUUUCAGCUGAUCAACCCACAAUAUCACUUUAGCGAGGACUACCUGGAAUGCGUGAGCAAAUACACAGACCAGCUGAAGCCAUUUGGAGAUGUACCCCGGAAAUUGAAAAUUCAGGUCACCCGCGCCUUCAUUGCUGCCCGGACAUUUGUUCAGGGGCUGACCGUGGGCAGAGAAGUUGCAAACCGAGUUUCCAAGGUCAGCCCGACUCCAGGGUGCAUUCGUGCUCUCAUGAAGAUGCUGUACUGUCCAUACUGUCGAGGACUUCCCACCGUGAGACCUUGCAACAACUACUGCCUCAACGUGAUGAAGGGCUGUCUGGCAAAUCAGGCUGAUCUCGACACGGAGUGGAAUCUGUUUAUAGAUGCAAUGCUCUUGGUGGCAGAGCGACUGGAAGGACCAUUCAACAUUGAGUUGGUCAUGGACCCUAUAGAUGUCAAGAUAUCUGAAGCCAUUAUGAACAUGCAAGAAAACAGCAUGCAGGUGUCUGCAAAGGUCUUUCAGGGAUGCGGUCAACCCAAACCUGCACCAGCCCUCAGAUCCGCCCGCUCAGCUCCUGAAAAUUUUAAUACACGGUUCAGGCCUUACAAUCCUGAGGAAAGACCAACAACCGCUGCAGGCACGAGCUUGGACCGGCUGGUCACAGACAUAAAAGAGAAACUGAAGCUCUCUAAAAAGGUCUGGUCGGCGUUGCCCUACACCAUCUGCAAGGAUGAGAGCGUGACAGCGGGCACGUCCAACGAAGAGGAGUGCUGGAACGGGCACAGCAAAGCCAGAUACUUGCCUGAAAUUAUGAAUGAUGGGCUGACCAACCAGAUCAAUAAUCCUGAGGUCGACGUGGACAUCACUAGGCCCGACACUUUCAUUAGGCAGCAGAUCAUGGCUCUCCGUGUGAUGACCAACAAACUAAAGAAUGCAUACAACGGCAACGACGUCAACUUCCAAGACACAAGUGAUGAAUCCAGUGGCUCAGGGAGUGGCAGUGGGUGCAUGGAUGACGUAUGUCCCACAGAGUUUGAGUUUGUCACUACAGAGGCCCCUGCAGUCGACCCUGACCGGAGAGAAGUAGACUCUUCCGCAGGCCAGCCGGGCCACUCCCUGCUCUCGGCGGCUCUCGUCUCCAUCGCCCUGGUACUGCAGAGACUGUGCAGAUAAUCCUGGGUUUUCGGUCAGAUGAAACUGCAUUUUAGCUAUUUGAACAACCAACUCACUUCUUUUCUUACACUCUUGGACAAUGGACCAUGCCACAAAAACUUACCGUUUUCUAUAAGAAGAGAGCAGUACUGCACUCUGCCUCCCUUUUUGUUUUCCCAAAGAAUACCGGGUGCCAGACUGGACUGCUUCCCCUUUCCUUCGCUAUCUGUGGGGACCUUGUUUAUUCUAGAGAAUUCUUACUCAAAUCUUUCGUACCAGGAGAUUUUCUUACCUUCAUUUGCUUUUAUGCUGCAAAAGUAAAGGAAUUUCACGUUGUGAGUUUUUUCCCCCUCCAUUUAAACAACAAAAAGGUAGGAAGAAAAUAAAUUUUUUUUUUGUAAAAUCAGGCCAAACCCCAAGACAAUUGCAUUUUCAACAAAGAAGCAAACGAGAGAGAAAAAUAAAACAGAUUUAAUGUUCUAAGUUCAACAUUGCCAAGCAACUCCCAGUGUAAGCUUUACUGUGACUAAUUGGGUUUACAAAAUGCUAUGGGGAGAAAGUUUGAAAAAACUUUUUAAUGUAGUGAAAAUACACUCUUGUCUUGGAGGUAUCAUCUUGCACUCUAACCACACGAUACCAAACUGAUUUAGAGGUACUGAUACUAAAAUUUAGGAUUCUGUCUUUAACAUGAGAGCAAAAAAUUGUUACAACUCAGCACCUCUCACCCUGCUCAAUUUCAAUUGCAGUAACGGCAUCGUUCUUCUUAAUUCUCUUAAUGUCUGUCCACCGUAUUCAAUUGGCACAGAUUUUCCCCUUCAUCUUCAGUUACUAGUGGACAUCCCUAUCAAUUCAUCCUCUUCAAGGGUCUGAAUUGCAAAUAAUCUUCAACAAAACAAUCACUUUGCUUGAGCCACAGCUUAGACAUUAAUUAGAUGUUUCUGCCCCUGUCCUCAUAAACCUCCCGAAAGAAGAGUUCUUUUAAUGAACUGAUAAGCAAUUAGAUCCAUAAGUGAGUUUUUAUUUUUUAACUAUUUGCUUUGUGUCAAUUGGUUUCUGCAUCACAAGGGCAUUCUCUUACAAAAUAACUCACAACAAAAGAAGUCAAGACAAAAAAUAUAUAUAUAUAGUAUUGACAUGGAGAUUUCUUUCACUUUUUUAGUCUUAGUAUGAUCAUCUAUUUUUAUAUCUAUAUAUAUAAAUCACAGAUUUUAACUUCUUAAUUCCAAGCUCAGGGUUGACACACCUUUGUAACGAAAAUGUUUUGUCAACCAGCUCUUCUUGUUUUGUGCUGCUCAGAGAAGGGAUCCCUCAGUGAUCUGUGAGCACCAAGAAUCAAGAAAGAGAACUUUUUACAUAUCUAACUGUCCAUUUAUUAAAAAUUUGCCAGGGCACACCCUUUUUGCAUGAGCGUGCUUUGUCCUGGGUGCUCCAGACUGUACGAUGCUCAUGGGGAGAGCCAUGGGUGUGCAGGACUUUACUGGUCAUGGAAACUAUAUGCGAAAAGAAUGUGUUAUUCAUGCGAAACCAUUGCUUUCAUGUACGACGCCUUCAGCCUAGGAGUCCUGCUUGGCACUUGGAGAAAGGUCCUCACGCAAGGGGCCAAUUUAGAGCCACAGCCUAACUGAUCUAGAAAGUGUGCCAAAGCCAGGCCCUGUGCUCCCCCUGCCGACGGAGAGAAGCAAAAUAAACCAAACUGAGGCUUUAUGAAUACAGUUGGUUAUCCAUGUGUUUCUUGGUUUUUAUGAUGCAUCUGAGGUUGAGAAAAGUAAUGUUUUAAGGCACCAUAGUAUACCAGUCACAUUUUAAUUAAUCCAUGGAUAAUAAUGACACAUAAAUGGUAUUUUUCAAUCUCCAUUCUCAUCAAAAUUAUAAUUAGUUAUUGAUUUAGUCAUCACGUUUAUGUAGAACAUAUGUGGCACAAUAGUAUUAAGUAUAAUCGAGCACUUUUGCAAAACUCAAAGUAUUUAGAAGCAUCUUUGGUAUUUUAUGCCUAAUGAAAUAUGAAACAUAGGACUUUGAGAGACUUUGUGGCAUCUUUCAUUUAACUGUUUAGGAAAUUAACACUUAACCUAACUCAGCAUUACAUACUUCUACAAAAUCAUCCAUUUCACUGCCAAACUUCGGCUUCCUGUCACCAAUUACACAUAAAACAUCUCUGUGAAGGACCGAUCACUUAUGUUGCUCAUUUCAUUGUAUGUUCAGAAAUCAGUAUUGUCUUUCUCCAAUAAUUAAGGUGCAAUACAAAUUAAAUCAACCUUGGUUUUCCAGAAUAUUUGAAUAAUAACUUGUUUUUAUGGCUUUAAAUUCCAAGUCUUUCCCUUUAAAAAUAUUUCUGCAUUGUCUUCUAUGAAAUAGAAUGUUUUAUUUCCCUUGUGCUUUUACACCAAAAUGGCUUUGUGCAUGUGUAUGAAUACACAUUAUAUUAAUGAAUAUGAACCCAUAUUCUGAACACACUAA